CCUGGCCCGCCGACAGCCUCCAGAGGCUGAGAUGGGCGAGGGAGGCCUUCGGAGCCUCUCCCCGGCCCGGGACUAACCUCUGCGGCGCGGCUGCUGUCGCCACUGGGCGUCGGGCCCAGGGGACUAGUCGGGUUCCCGUGCGGCCUAAGGGCUGCGGGCUCGCGGGCGAGGCCAGGCGGGCCGGGACCAGGAAUUACUUUCUGGCCAAUCUGGUGACGCUUUGGCAGAAAUUAAGAAGGAAAAUAUCCCCCUUAAGAGUAAUUUAACCCUGCUUUUCUGUUUCAUACAUUGAGUGCAAUAGUACAAUGUUGUUCUGUGUGAUUUAUCUUUCUGUUAUCUUGAAGGCAAAAAGCUAAUUGCUUGGAUGGACCCUAUCACCAAAGCCCUGCCAGGCAAACACCUGGGAAAGUGCUAGGAGUGGGUGCCAUUGAUGCUUAAUACCACUGAUAUUCUCUAAAGUUCCAAAAUAGGACUUAAAGGUUGUUGUUGUUGUUUUUUGUCAUAGACACAUGUUCAGUGGGAGAAUUGGACUUGACUGAACAGACUUCUGUGUUAUUAGGGAGUAAAGCCAUGGCAACUAGUCUCACGGACGUAGGAAAUUCAUUUGGUCAUCCAACUAGUACUUUAGUUAAUAGAUCGAGAAACUCAUCGGUGCAAGACGAUGAUGAUGAUGUUGUGUUUAUUGAAUCUAAACAUCCUCCUUCAACUUCUUCAGCAAUAGUUGAUCAAAAAAAUUUUAUAUUUGCUUCAUCAAGAAAUGAAAAACUACAAGGAAAUGAUUCCCUAAUUCCUUCCUCAAGAGAUUUGGCUUCCCAAAAGGGAUAUAUAAGUGAGACUAUUAUUAUUGAUGAUGAAGAGGACAUAGAAACAAAUGGAGGGAAAAAGAAUUCUUUCAGUUUUAUUGAAUGGGGACUUCCAGGAACUAAAAACAGAACCAAAGAUGUGGACUUCUCCACUUCCAGUCUUUCAAGAAGAAAGACCAAGACUGCAGUAGGACCUUUUAAUCCUGGUAGGAUGAAUGUGGCAGGAAAUGAAUUUCAGAAAGGAGGAUUUGCGACUCAUCAUAGUCCUGAUUCUUGGAUCUCCCAGUCAGCAUCAUUUCCGCGUAAUCAGAAACAGCCAGGGAUGGAUUCUUUAUCACCAGUGGGCUCACUUCCUAAACAGAUUUGCCAGUCUUCAGCCAAACAGCAACUUACUAAACCAGCUAAAAUCACUUGUGCACACUGCAAAAAACCUUUACAGAAGGGACAAACAGCUUAUCAACGAAAAGGAUCAGCUCACCUCUUUUGUUCUACCACCUGCCUUUCCUCCUUCUCUCAUAAGCAUACUCCAAAGAAACACAAUGUAAUGUGUAAAAAAGAUGUUCCUGCAAAAAGGGCUACUGUUGUUCCUCAAGUGCAGUUGAGCCAGCCCUUCCAGGAAUUCUGCAGUACAUACUGUGUGUCUCCCUACGAAGACAACCAGAGUCUCAGAAAAAGAAUUUCAAAUAAAUCAAGAUGUACAGUCUGUUGUAAACUAACAGAGAUUCGCCAUGAAGUCAGCGUUAAUAAUGUGACACACAAACUGUGCAGUAACCACUGCUUUAACAAGUACAGGUUGGCUAAUGGUCUGAUAAUGAAUUGCUGUGAACAUUGUGGAGAGUACCUGCCUAGCAAAGGUUCUGGAAACAUUGUCCUGGUGAUUGAUGGCCAACAGAUGACAUUCUGCUGCCAAAGUUGUGCUAAUGAAUAUAAACAGAUGUUGGAAGCAAAAUCAAAGAAAAUAUCCAUAUCAGAAAACAGAAAAAGAAGUGCUAUUAGAGAAGAAAAUGAAAGGAAAUUAUAUGGAUCAUUGAAUACACUUUUGGAAAAAAUAGAGGGAAUACCAAGAAAAAAGGAAAAGACUUCAGAGCCACAGGUAUCAGCAGAGUGCAAGAUAGAUGCAUCACUAACCAAACAGGAUAUGAAUUUACCUGCUUCUGUGUCCAUCAUAGAUAAUACAUUUCAAGAGCAACUGGAAGAUAAAAAAUCUGAAGACUCCACUCAAGCAGUUGUGCUUUCUGCAGAUCCAGGCACAUGGCCCCGAUUUUUAAAUAUUAAACAACGGAACUUUCUUAUAGAAAAUGAUCCCCCUCAAGUAAGAAAUUUUAACUUUCCAAAAGACAAUACAGGGAGGAAGUUUUCAGAAUCUUAUUAUACACGAAUUCUUCCAAAUGGUGAAAAAACCCCUAGAUCCUGGUUGCUUUAUUCAACCUCAAAAGAUUCUGUGUUUUGUCUAUUUUGCAAACUCUUUGAGGGAGGAAAAAAUCAAUUGAAGAAUGAGAAUGGGUGCAAAGAUUGGCAGCACUUAUCACACAUUCUUAGUAAACACGAAGAAAGUGACAACCACAUCACCAAUAGUUUUAAGUAUUCAAAAUUAAAAUCUGAUGUGAAAAAAAACAAAACUAUUGAAACUGUAGAACACAGAGAACAUGAGAAUGAGACCAAUGAGAGUGUGCUGUUGCUGUACACAUGAUAUACCUGAUAGGAUCUUAUGUUCACUCACAGGAGAUCUGUACUU